CUAUUAAUUGUCAUUCUAUAGAAAAAGAUAGAAAGUGAAGGAAGAAAGCCAUCAAUAUUUUACUUUUGCACAAAUAUAUACAUAUACCUACAUAGUUACAUUCAAGCAAUUUUUCUAACAAUACUUUUCUUUUAGUAUCAUGAAGCAUUCAGCAAUAGUUUUUGUUCUGCUCUACUGCACCUGGGGAAUAUCCCCUAUAAAAGGGAUACCACCAACUCCUAUGGUGGAUCUAGAAGCAAUUGAAAGUCAGCUGGAUCUGGGAACAACAGCAGCACCCUUUGAUGAUGAAGAUAUUCAAGGAUGUGAAACAGAAGAUGGUUUUGUACCAAUUGGAAAAACGGUGAGUAAGGAACCGUGCAAGCAAUGUACAUGUACAGCAAAUGGUGACAUGAAAUGUAACACAACUGUUUGCCCUAAGCUUAACUGUGUUGAUUUCGAAGAUGUUGAAGAUGAAUGCUGUCCAAUUUGCCCAAAUGGUGAAAACUGUUACACACCUAAAAAUGUUAUUUUAAAAGCUGGAGAAGUAAUUACUGAAUCUGACCUCCAGUGCAAAUGCAAAUUCUCAGAAGAUAACUUGGAAGAACCUACAGCACAUUGUACAGAAAAAAUUGAAGCUGCUGCUGCUCCUCCAGAUGACAUUUGAAUGUCAUGAAUUCAAUUGAGUGCUGACUCAGUUAAUCUAAUACAGAUGAAUAAAAUCACUUAAAAGAGAAAACAGAAAA